UAUUGUAUAGAUAUGUAUAUUUUUAUCUACAGGGCUCAUCUGUCAAAAUAGUCAUACAAAAAAAGUGUGUGUGUAUUAGGACACCCAUUCCUCAGUUUCAUAUAGAAUUAUGCUGAAACUCAUUCCUCUUGAUUUCCUGUAAUUCUAUACCAGUGGGUAAAAAUAUGUGUGGGGGCACAGCGCAGGAGAAACAUUAGAAGCAUAGCUGCUGCUGAGAUCCAGUAGCGCCAGAGUCUUGAGUGAGUGACCUGAAACAGAAAUGAACAGUUCUCCAGUCUGAGAUGCCGAAGAGACUCCUGUGUUCUUGUUUCUAGUGAGGCGACCAGGAGGAGUGGGGCUUUUGGAAGAGGCAGGGGGGUGUCGGACACGGUCUGUCUAUAUUUCACAAGGCACAGUUGCAACAAGGCUGAGGUUUGGCUGGAAUGGGAGUUCUGCCCUUUAAAGCCUUGGUGCAGCUCUCUGUGACUGGGUUGGGUUCAGCUCCAUAGAGGGGGACCACUGGGGUUACUUCAGUCUGAGGGGCUUGUGCGUUUAGGUCGUGGCUCCACAGAAGAGUGCCUGGCCUCCCCUGACUACUAGCCUUACAGAGCAGCCCUGAGAGGAAUGUAGGUUGUCACCAGAGCUAUUUUGGCUAUGUGCAGCCGCUAAUGAUUGUAAUCACAGAGCAGAACGGGACUCGGAGAAGUUGCCUUGCCGCCGUUUGGUUUUCCUCCCCAGCAGGUCUCUUGCCAUGCCAAGAGGGAUUAGAGCGUUAGACGAAUGGCACAUCGGCUCCGCUUGCACUUUGCGUCGAGAAGAAGCAACACGGAUCCUCUGUCAGAGAGCCUGAGCAGCCAUGGUGAGGAGAGCGUUCUCUGUGUGUCAACCCGCAGCCCCACAGAGAGCCUAGCGCACAGCUCUGUCCAAAUGAAGGUGAUUCCAGGGCAGCUAGCCUUGGCUUUGCCUCCCCUGUCACCGGAGUACGGUAAUUUACAGCGCUACUCAUCCGUAUUUAUACCCAAGGUGAACACUGGCAGCGUCAGCAAGAAGAGUACUCUGCAGAUCUCCCUGCAGCCCCGUGGCAAGCUGAAUGGAGAGCUGGAGAACAGCACUGAGGGCGGGGAGCCAGGGGUCGGCGAGUUGGGUUCGGGCAGUGGCUCAGACGGGGUAUCCUGUAGCAGCAGCACGGCCAGCGAUGCAGGCUACUGCAGCAGCAGCAGCAGCAUCUUUGAGCCAGAGCUCCCAGAUCAGCGUAGAGCAUCCCAUGAGAGGAGUCUGCCCCGUAGGAAAGCCAGGGUCCCCCUGAGACGCUGCUCCUCCCUGGUUAUAUUUCCAAGGAGCCCCUGUAAUACACCACCAGCCUCCCCGGUCAGCCCUGUGGCUCUACCUGCCCUACCUCCAGCCAGGGGCUCCUACCAGACUUCUCACCAGCUCCAGUUGUCCCCCAGUGAGCCCCCGCAGGAGGACGAGACGGGUACCUCGAAAGCGUCCAUCGCCACGGCGAUGAACGGCCUGCGACUCUCUAAGAGCAGCUUUCCGUCAGCGGAGUUCAGAGACGCCAGGCCCAUGGUGCAUUUUAACAUUCCGCUUCCGGAUAAACCUAAAGACAAAAUGGAGGAGUGUGAGAAGACUGACCACUCGGCUACCUUAGAUCGACCGUGUCGCGACAAGGCUGACCACUCGGCAAAUUUAGACCAACACUCCAGUGUGCUACUGCACUUUGCCCACCAGCGACCAAUGUCUGGGAAGGCAUCUAGAAACAGAACAACAGUCAAUGUUGAAUGUCCUGAAUGUCCUGAAUCUCCAACCCACCCCUCGGAGGGUGAAUGUGGCCCUCGCCACAUUAAGCUGUUUCGCAGCACCUCGGCUUGCUUUCUUCCCUCAACUAAACUUUCAGAGAAGAGCCACAGUGCCAGUCUCGCAGACAAUGGAAAUGGACAGGAAAACCAUUGUCAUCACGCCUUACAAAGGAGCUUUUCUCUGGAAGUCCCCUACCAUAAUACUGGUAUUUCAUGUCACGUUUCCAACCAAAAACUAUCUAACUCUCCACAUGUGCACAUCCAUGUGUCCCACGGCUAUGGGGCAAGGGUCUCUAGCCCUGUCAUUGAUGUAAACACUAACCACAAAAGGGAUCACAUACAAAAGAGCCCUGCAAGAAAGACCACGACACGUGAUGACUUUCUGGGACAGGUGGAUGUACCAUUACACCAGAUACCGACAGAAAAUCCUAACAUUGAAAGGCCGUACACAUUCAAGGAUUUUCUACUUCACCCGAGAAGUCACAAAUCCAGGGUCAAGGGUCAUCUCCGUCUGAAGAUGACCUACCUACCCAAAAACAACUCAGAGGAUGCUGCAGAACAGACUGAAGACAUGGAUCCUAGCUGGGAGUUUCUAGAGGGCCAGGACAUGUCCGGUCCCAGGCAUAACCACCUGCUGCCUGCAAUGCCCCCUGGCUGGGAGGAGAGGCAGGACAACCUGGGCAGGACCUACUAUGUCAACCACGAAACCAGGACGACACAGUGGCACAGGCCCAUAGUACAAGACAGCCAGGUGGAGGCAGAGCAAAGGCAGAACAUCCACAUGGAGGCCCAGCAAUCCUUCACCGCCCGCAGGCAGAUCUCUGACCAAGAGGACUCCAACGACAGACAAGAGUCUCCUGAGAGCUGGGAAAUCAUAACAGAGGAUGAGUCCACCUUCUACAACAGCCAGCGCUCCCCCCCUCCACCCCACUCCCCCCUGGAGUUUCACUCCUUCUGUGACGAGCUCAGUCGCUUCCAGGCCUCGGGUGCCACAUCCGGCAACCGACGUACCUCCCUCCAGCUUCAGGGCCCUUCCAGUCACUCCAGUCGCAGAGGCAGUGCCCAGACUCUGACCGUAGAGGAGCACCCUGUUCAUCCUGUGUUGUUAGCAACCUCAGCGGGGCUGCCUCCAGGCUGGGAGGAGAAGCAGGAUAGUAAAAGCAGACCCUACUACGUUAAUCACAACAGCAGGAUAACCACUUGGACACGGCCACUCAUCCAGAUAACCUCAGAGGCAGCAGCCCAGGCUGUUCUGUCCCAGAACGCCACUGUGUACCAGCCCCCUAUGCUCUCUCCUGAGGGCUCUCCCCAGCACUCCCCCGGCUCACAGAGGGAGUGUGGCUUCAUGCCGGCGGGCUGGGAGGUCCGCAAUGCCCCCAACGGAAAACCCUUCUUCAUCGACCACAACACUAAGACCACUUCCUGGGAAGACCCCAGGUUGAAGAUUCCUGUGCACAUGAGGAGGAGACCUUCGCUAGACCCAACUGACCUCGGGCCAAUGCCGCCUGGCUGGGAGGAGAGGGUCCACAGUGAUGGGAGGAUAUUCUACAUAGAUCACAACACGAAGAACACACAAUGGGAUGACCCCAGACUGCAGAAUUCAGCCAUAACUGGACCAGCUGUGCCUUACUCCAGAGACUAUAAACAGAAGUAUGAAUACUUCCGGAAGAAGCUGAAGAAACCGGCUGACAUCCCCAACCGCUUUGAGAUGAAGCUCAGGCGGAACGCCGUGCUAGAGGACUCUUACAGACGAAUCCUGUCAAUCAAGAGGGCCGACUUCCUGAAGGCCCGGCUGUGGGUGGAGUUUGAGGGAGAGAAGGGCUUGGAUUACGGGGGCGUGGCCAGGGAAUGGUUCUUCCUCAUCUCCAAGGAGAUGUUCAACCCCUAUUAUGGGCUGUUUGAGUAUUCUGCCACGGACAACUACACUCUGCAGAUCAACCCCAACUCAGGCCUCUGCAAUGAGGACCACCUGUCCUACUUCAAGUUCAUUGGCCGUGUGGCAGGCAUGGCUGUCUACCAUGGCAAGCUGCUGGACGCCUUCUUCAUCAGGCCUUUCUACAAGAUGAUGUUGCAGAAGCCCAUUACUCUACAGGACAUGGAGUCUGUGGACAGUGAGUACUUCAACUCCCUGAAGUGGAUAUUGGAGAAUGACCCGAUAGACCUGGAUCUGAGGUUCACCAUAGACGAAGAGCUCUUUGGACAGACACACCAGCAUGAGCUGAAGCCAGGAGGAUCUGAAAUAGUAGUCACCGAUGACAACAAGAAGGAAUACAUCCAUCUUGUCAUGCAGUGGAGGUUCGUGAACAGGAUACUGAAGCAGAUGACCGCAUUCAAGGAGGGAUUCUAUGAGUUGAUACCCCAGGAUCUCAUCAAGAUCUUUGACGAGAAUGAGCUGGAGCUCCUGAUGUGUGGCCUGGGAGACGUGGAUGUGAACGACUGGAGGGAGAACACCAAGUACAAGAAUGGCUACUGUCCCAACCAGCCUGUCAUCCUAUGGUUCUGGAAGACUGUUCUGCUGAUGGAUGCAGAGAAGCGUAUCCGCCUGUUGCAGUUUGUGACUGGCACCUCCCGGGUCCCAAUGAAUGGCUUUGCAGAGCUCUACGGGUCUAACGGACCACAGCUGUUUACCAUCGAGCAGUGGGGAACACGAGACAAACUACCUAGAGCCCACACGUGCUUCAACCGACUGGACCUGCCUCCCUAUGAGUCGUUUGAGGAGCUGAGGGAGAAGCUACACAUUGCCAUAGAGAAUGCACAAGGCUUUGAUGGAGUGGAUUAGGGGAGUGUGUGGCCUUUGGGGCAGAUGUUAAAAUGGCAGUUACUGUCAGUGAACUGAGGGCUAGCACCAAGUUUUGUGCCGUAGUUCUGUUUGAUGCUGAUAAAACACCUAAUAUUCAGGUCCAGACCUGACCUGCCAACCGCCUGAGAAGAUGGAGAACAAUCACAGAAAACAAAGUCUUUGGUGCUCUUCUCUCCUGCACAGUGGAAGGGAUGGAUGAUGAGUGAAAAUCACUUCUUAAAUCACUCUUGGUCUGUGAAGUUUACAAAUAGUUUUUUUUGUGUCUCGUAAAUAUGUAUGUAUACUUAAACCAGAUCUAUAUACAAUUUAUCAAAUGCAUUAUAUCAUACAGAUAUUAUUGUUCAUCUAUGAUAAACAUUCUAUCAUGAGGAGAUUGACAUUGGACUUCGAUAUACAUUACCGUAUAUACACUGGUGUCGAAAGAGUUCAACAGGGAUGCUGGCCCAUGACUCCAAUGCUUCCCACAGUUAUGUCAAGUUGGCUGGAUGCUUUUGAGUGGUGGACCACGGGAAACUUAAGUGUGAAAAACCAUGCAGUGUUGCAGUUCUUGACAUAAACUGGUGCGCCUGACACCUACUACCAUACCGCGUUCAAAGGUACUUAAAUCUUUUGUUUUGCCCAUUCACCCUCUGAAUGGUAGACACAAUCCUUGUCUCGAGGCUUAAAAAUCCUUCUUUAACCUGUCUCCUCCUCUUCAUCUACACUGAUUGAAGUGGAUUUAACAAGUGACAUCAAUAAGGGAUCAUAGCUUUCAGCUGGAUUCACCUGGUCAGUCUGUCAUGGAAAGAGCAGGUGUUUUUUUUCCUGUUUUGUACAAUCAGUGUAUGUGUGCGCAAUUGACAGUGAAUGCACUUUUGUAUAGCUUACUGAGGAAAUCAUAGACUCCACAUUAGACUCCAUUGAAAAACCAUAUUGCCAUUGCUUUCUCAUUCUUGCACACACACUUGCAAAAUAUGUGUUUCCUCUGCUGUUUUUUUUAUUCAGUGAUGGAUGUAUUAUUUUUUAUUCCGCUAUUCCAGGGCUCUCAACCCUGUUCCUGGAGCGCUACCCUCCCGUAGGUUUUCACCUCCAACCCCAGUUGUAACUAAUUAAUAUAAUCAGGAGCGCUAGAUUAGGGUUGGACUGAACCUACAGGACAGUAGGUCUCCAGAAACAGGGUUGGAGAGCCCUGCUCUAUUCAUGGGUGUUAUAGAGCAGUAUAAUACUCUAUUUUUAGGAGUACAUUUAUUUUUUUCAAAUUGCUCUGUGUAAUAACUAUUGAAUUAAUAUCAAGAAAUUGAUACUAUCAAAUAUUUCUGCGAAUGUCUUUUUGCCUUUGAUUUUCUUGAGGGAAUUGACUGUACAUAUGCAGUGGUGUGCUCUAUCAAAGAAUGUAUUGUAUAAAUGGUAGAAAACAUGUGUUUACACUCUGGUAUGUUUACAGAUUGUUGAUGAAGGAAAAUAUGAUGGUCGUUUUCAUUUCUCUUAAAUGAAAAUGUUAUACUUGUGCUUUUAUAAGGUAAAGCACUUUGUAAAAAUGGUUAUAAAAGUCUUAGUGUCUUGAUCUUUGCCAAACUACCAAUUUCAGAAUGCAUACAUUGAGUAUGAUUUCAUGCUAAAAUCCUCUGCUUUUAAGUGCACAUUUGACUUGAGUACCUUUUACUUGCCAUGGAAGAAAAAAGCACAUUCUUUCCUUUCACUGGUAAUUAAGACUUAAAUUACAAUGCCUUCAUUUGUAAUGUAUCAUAGAAUUUGAUCAUCCAAAUCGUUUGACAUGUUCUAAUCCUUUAGUUGAAUGGAUAUAUUGUUGUCAUCCGAUACUCUAUAAUUCAUUAUUUUAAGAGAUACUUAAUUUAUAUAUUAUGUCAGAACUGUCAUUCUGACAACUGUAAGUUGAUUUUCUAUCAAUGAUUUAAUGAAAUAAAACUUCUGUAUCUUGUUGAAAACAUGUUUUGAUUGCAUGCCAAAUUAAAUGGCAGCAUAUUUUGAAAAACGAAUAAAUGGAAAAUGCCACCUAAUGUUCUCCUUUCAUAUUAUACUGAAAAAAAAUAAAAACACUUGUAAAAU